AAAUAUGCUUCCGAGGUUCCGAGAAAUUAGCUAAAGGAGAGUCUAUCUCGAUAUGUGCCGAAAAUCUACUUUGCGUGAAAUGGAAGGAUAGGCGAGAUGUUAUGAUGCUAACUACUUUUCAUGAAGAUCGCAUAGUAGCGUUAGACAAAGUAGAUUUCAAGACCAAAGAACCCAUACAAAAACCAGCUGUUGUUGUGGAUUACAACGAAAAUAUGGGUGCAAUAGAUCGAUCAGAUAUGAUGUUGAGCUCCACGGAAUGUGUAAGAAAGUUCACAAAAUGGUAUAAAAAGCUAUUUUUCCACAUAGUUGAUCUUUCUCUUCUGAAAGCACAUGCUCUCUAUUUGACCCAAUCUUCAGCAAGGCUACCGCUUGCAGAUUAUCAACUUACCAUUAUAGGAGCACUUUUUGAUGGAUAUAAACAUGAAAAAAACAGAAGUUUAAACCCUUCAACCAAGAAUCCUCAAAGGCUCAAAGGGCGACAUUUUCCUAGUUCAGUUCUUGAUAAGAAAGUGAAGUGAUGUGUCGUUUGUAGCCACAGAAGUGGCCAGAAAAAAAGAAGCGAAUCGAGAUACAUGUGUGCAAGAUGCGAAGUUGGUCUUUGCGUAGUACGGUGUUUU